GGUGAUGAAGAUUUUUUCUUUUUUUACACCGAUUGCUUUUACACCCAUAAAGGCUGUAAAAGCAAUAAUUGCUCCUUCUCUCUGGCUGCAUUCCUGCAGCCAUUGAGAAAUACUGUGAGAGCUGUGAUUGGUCACAGCUUGUCACAUGUACAAUGUCAGAAGUGACAUCUUGUUUACUACUAUUCAUGUGAUCACUGAUUUGCCAAUCAGUGAUCACAUGAAUCAGGACCUCACACAGAGGUUCCGUACAGCAAUCGGUGUUC